AAGCACCACAGAAGAAGACACAUUACUGGCGGUUGGAUUACUAGUGCAGUGCAAUGGGUCUACCUGACUCCUGCUGACCCUAAGAUCGGCCCCCACAGCCAUCUGUCAACAUGCAAGGAUUCUACUCCAAGCUCGACUCCUCCCCCUCCUCGUCCCCGUUACUGGGGGUCGGCCUCGGGGGAGACGGUGCUCCCGUGCCCCUCAGCCUGGCUGUGGAGACAGAGAAAGCUCAGGCCCUCCUACAGACGUUCAGCUCCGCCUCUCUGCUGGCGUCUGCAGGACUCGGUAUGUUCUGCGUAGUGGCGGACCACACCCUCCAGCUGUCCGUCAUCCAGAACCACCUGUGGCUGCGCGCUGCCUUGGACAACGCCACGCAUGGAUUGGUGGGGCUGUGGUCAUGGGCUGUUGUUAUUGGACUAAGGAAAAAGAGCGAUCUGUACGAGGUGCUGCUCGCCGGUCUUCUGGCGUCAAUCAUAGACCUGGACCACUUCUACAUGGCUGGAUCCCUGUCACUCAAGGCUGCUGUCUCGCUCCCUCAGCGUCCUCCUCUCCACUGCUCCUCUCUCAUCCCCAUCCUCUGCCUCUCCCUACGCUUCCUCAUGUGGAUCGGACGCCUCAAAGACGCUUGGUGCUCCUUGCCGUGGAUGCUUUUCAUCUCCAUGGCCACGCACCACGUCCGGGAUGCCGUGCGCCACGGCCUGUGGGUGUGCCCGUUCGGCAACACGGCGCCGCUCCCCUACUGGCUGUACGUCAGCACCACGGCAACGCUUCCUCACCUGUGUUCGGUGCUCAUGUAUCUGACAGGAACCAGAGACGUGAUCUCCACCAAACACGGGGUGGCCAUCGAUGUUUAGAAGUCAGCGACUCACCAGCGACACCUAGUGCUGAUAUGGUAUGGAUUGUUCCACGCUGUUUGAGACAACUUUUAGAUACUUGAAAUCACUGGAGGAAACAUUUGUGGCACUGGAAGCUGUCACUGUAUGAUAAUGAGGGAGAAAGGUACAGUUUAGGAAACAUCUGUAAAAUACAUGUAAGCUUUUUAAGAAAGGAACGUUCCAGUGUAAGUGCCAAUCAUGGACUUUUUUCUGAGAUUUUUUUCCUGGUGUUUUGGAAAUGUAUCCGAAUCCUGUUGACUUAUCUCAAGAGUGAUGCUUAUCUCUGGUAACUGUUGUAAGUGUUUGGGGAUCGACUCUUUAAAGCUUUGACAUAUCGUUUUGCAGAGGCUCGCCUGCUGUCUGUUCACCUAUCCAAACCCUCAUAAGGGACCUGAGACUUCACGUCAUCUCUUGGCCUCUGAACUCUUAACUAACCUGAACUUUCACUAUCUGUCCUCAUCCUAAGAAGGAACACUCAAGGAAAAGUCAACCAAAGGUCCACCACAGGCUGUACGACACUGACAUCAUGUUAUUACCAGUGUCACCUUCACCCUCAGUGUGUCCAGCAGUAUAUUACCACUGUUAUUCCACUGCUCAUCUGCCAUAGUAGUGAAGUGUAAUGUGUCGUGCAUUCAUUGUAGAGUAAGUAGUAAAUCUAGCACAUUCCAGUAACAGCUCCAUUAUUAAUCACCCCUAAACACAUAUUAUCUUUUGUUGUAACAACCAGAAGCAUCACCUCUCUGCCACUUGAGGCUGCGUACGUUUUGCGGCUUGGAUGAGCCAAUCACAAAUAACCUACACAUGCCACUUUUUUUACAGCGGCAAUUUUGAAUCUACAGUAAACCUGGUUUAACUGUUGCCAUAAAAGUUUGGAUUAGCUGCUCAGACACAGAUGUUAGUUUAAUCUAAAGCAUGAGGGGCCAGAUGCAUAAAUGAUGUGUAGGUUCUCCAUCAACGCUGAGAGAGACACAGAGCUGCUCCUCUGUUUAAUCUGUUCAUUAGUCUACAGUAUGUUGCACGUGCUACACUAAAUCAGUCUGUGAGAUGACUUAAAUUACCACAGUAGCACACAUACAAUACUGUGGGCCAAUUUUUGCGUUUCCGUUGUCAGUUUAGACGCAGUGCACUGAGUCAAGCUGCGCCGGAGAUGGACCUUCUCUGGAGUAAGUCCACAAGCCAGGUUGCCCACCCUCAAGGUAGUGAUGACAUCUUGUCGACCGUACCGCUCUCAGGACUUUUGUAGCGUCUAACUAAAUCUCUGUGGUUUGCAGUUUCUCUCCUGCAUCCUGUUUUUACUUUAAAUAUCUGCUUUAUUUCACUGUUUCAUGUUCGCCAUCAGCCGUAUUAGAAGUUGUGUGAAGUUGCUGCUCAAAAACCCAAUAUUUACUUACUUUGCUGCUUCAAAACAAAAGUUUUUACAUAACCAAAUAACGGGGGCUUAAUUGUGAAGAAUCUGUAGGAAAUGAAAUGUGUUUAUCACUGAAUUGGCAGCUUUUCUUGAAUAAAGGCAAGUCAUAUAAUAGGGCAGGGAGGAAGAGUGAAGGCAUAAAAACAGCCACAGUGAGAUGCUGACGAAGAGCUGCAGACAACAGGCUCUUACUGCACCUCUGCAAACAGCUCACCUCCAGCAGGUAAACUUCUUUUCCUGCCCUGCUGUGGAAAAACAUGCAGCAAAAAUAACAGAGGACUUUAGCUGUGGAUCAGCUUGUGACUGAACAUGUAGCCCACUUCGAAAAUACCAGGAUAUGAAUUUUUGUCCAUAUCGCCCAGCCUCAGUGGGAAUGAGGUUCGCGCUUGUGUGCCCAGCGCCACAAUGAUUGAGAUUUAUAAAACACAAUCAGGCGUACGCAUGGCUUUUUAAAUCUUAUUAAAAGAAUGCGUAUACACAGUGUUAAUCAUGAAUAUACACAGAAUUUUAUGCAUCUGGUCCCAGUUCUGUCGGCUACUUGUUGAAAGGUGACAAGGCUCUUGUACUGUGCGUGAAUCAACCUAGGAAGUGUUCCAGUUUUAUUACAAAUGGUUGGCGAGUUGUCUAUCUUUCUGUUAUCCUAAAGGAAAACUGCUUUUAUUCUUUAUAGUUUCAAACAGCACAGUCAUCUCUGAGGAUUAUCUUUCUGAUAGAUUAAGCUCUGUUGUUGCAGCAAAAGUUAAAGAUGAAUUAACAUAAUCAACAUUUUGUACUGUAACACCGGUGUGGUGAGUGAACGGUGUCCCAAGUGACCUCUCUAUUUCACAUCAAACAUAGAAAGGAAAGGGACCUAGAGAGAGAUGCUGGAUAUUUAUUUUUGAAGUGUUAAAACAUUCAAGGGAAUAAUUUGUUCAAUAGCGUGUCCAUUGCCAAUAAUAUCAUAUAACUUGUUGAUAUUUACAAAAUUAUGAAAUGUAAAGAAAAUGAAUUGCUGCAUUAACUUGCUGUAUAUUGUUCCACUGCAGUUUGUGUUACGCUUCUGUAAUUAAACAAUUAAUAUAGUACAUCCUACAAACUAAAACUUCCAGCUGGUGAAACCGUGAGUUGCAGAAGGACAUGGGUUGUUGAACUAUUUGUCUUACAUGAAUAUCAUAUAGAACAUUUAGAGAUAGGAAGUCAUGACACAGUUUUAGAUGUAGAUUGAUCCCACAUUCAUUCCUUUAAUGUAUUUGUUUACUAUAUUUUACAUGACACGUAAUAUGGUAUGGUGGUAGAGUGGAUUUAUGGAUUUAGAAACUUCUUAUAGUUAUUUGAAUGUAAUUGCUUUGAGUAUAAAAACGAUGGUGAACUCCUAAAGGGAUUUCUAACAGUCUGCUUCUAUGUUUUUGAUUUGGAAUACAUUUUAAUUUAUGAGGAAAACAUAAUCACAGUAUUCUCAAAUAUCAGACACAAAAAAAAAUCAUAAUUUCCAUGGUUGUAAUGUUGCUUGUUGUCCACUAGGUGGCUGCAGUGAGCUGAAGGGAUUCACAUUUCCCUCCUAAAGUUUGAAUUGCACAGUGUGUUAUAGAUAUUAUAUUUUUUAAAAAAUAUUUGUUUUCUUUUUGUGUGUGUUUCCUUUUUUGCUGCUAUUACACAUCUGUGUUUUUUAAUUAUUUAUGAAAUAUUUCCCUUUUAUGGAUUGGAAACUAUUGGAAACACUGUACUGCACCUACGUAAUUGAAAGUGAUUUUUUGGGGCGGGGGAGAAAGAGUGAUACGAUGGGUGCCAUGUCAUUAUAGUUGCCAUUUUGAACAUCUCUUUAACUGCUGCUUUAUGUUGACAAUGUGACCUUCAUUAAUGCAAUAUUAUGUUGACUUUUGCACAUUUUAAGUUUUAUUUUGUCGUUCAAAUUAUGUUUUGUAUUAUUUCUGUGUUUUUUAUGACAGAGUUUUAAUUUCAAUAGCCAUGAAGUAUAGAUAGUAACAACAUAGUUUUAAUGUAGUGUUCUUUUUAUCUCAAUAAAAUAUAUCCUGUGUA